GCGAGGAGGAGAAGGUGUUGUCAACAGAUGCCUCUUCCAGGAGAGAAAACAUGUCUUUCUGGAGCCGUCCACGGAGGUUUUCCAUGCCUGUUGGAAUGGCUGGGAGUUUGCCACAACCUUACUUCAAGGGUACAGAGGAGGAGGAGAAGAGGUUCUUUUACUCCCAGGACAGUGUGAAAAUACUAAGGCUAACCCUCCAGAAUGACCUCCCCGGGGACAGACGCGAUCCAGUGAAGCCAAAGCCGGUGGGAAGGGCCUUCGCCAUGGUGGCCAACCGGCCCGCGAGCAGCCAUGCGUUGGCGUCGGAAUGCAUCAAGUCCAAGGAUGGCGAUGAGGAGAUCAUCAAGGUGUACCUCAAGGCCCGAGCCGAAGACAGAGCCAAGCAUGAAAAGAGCCUCCACCAUUUGAAAAAUGACAGCUGUCAUCUCCAAGAGCUAACGCUGGAAAAAUCGAACGGGAUCCCUCCUCACAGAACUACCUCAUCUCGCAACCUGUCCGUAAGCCAGGACGACCCGACAUACCUUGGAGAAGACGUCUCAAUCAUGCGCGAGACGACCAGGAGGCUCUUCUCCAAACUUCAAGAAGCCGAGAAGCGGCAUCAGUCGGACAGAGCCGCUUAUGAGACGUCCAUCUCCCAUUACCGGAGGGAAGCGGAGCAGUCCGGCACGGCCCUCAGGAAGGCGGAACUAGACCUGGAAGAAAAAGACCUGAAGAUGGAAGAACUGCAGAGGCUCCUGACAGGGAUGGAGAAGGAGCACCAGGCCCUGCUGCAGAAGAUGAAAGACGGCGAGUCGGAACUGGAGCAGCUCAGGAGCCAGGAGAGAGACAAGGCUGACGAACAGGAAAGGUCGGCCAAACUGGAGAAGGAGGUGGCCACCCUGCGGGAGAAAAUCCACCAUCUUGACGACAUGUUGAAGAGUCAGCAGCGCAAAGUCCGGCAGAUGAUUGAACAGCUCCAGAAUUCCAAAACGGUGAUCCAGUCCAAAGAUACCAUAAUACAGGAACUGAAAGAGCGAGUCGCUUAUUUGGAGGCUGAGAACCUGGAAAUGCACGACCGCAUGGAGCACCUUAUCGAAAAGCAAACCCACCCCGGCGCCUACAGCACCAGGCCCCGCUCCAAAUCAGAGUACGUCAGCAGCAAAAGGAUCACCAAGUCUCCAGGCCCCAAACCUUGGCCUCUCAUCAGAGUAGUGGAAACAUGAAUUCGAACUCGGCUUCACCCCACCGCCCCACCCUGAGAAGAAACCUGUUGCAAAUUCGCUGGAUUGCAGGCUGUCCCGGGCCACUUAGCUCUUCCGCUCUUUGAUCUCCUCGCUCCCCGAAGGAAACCAACUCCCCGUAGUGCGUGAUGGGCGCUGGGGUCGUGCCAGCGGCGAAGAUUGCUCAGACCUGGAAAAAGCGGAUUUUUUUUUCUGAACCGUGUGGGAAUUUACAAAAGACAGUGACACUUUCCACCCCCACCCCUGCAAAAGGCCGGAAGAAUGAACGUGGCUCUUCGUCUCCCUCGCAUGAGUUCUGUAUGGCUGGUGACUUUGGGGAGGGGCGUGCCUUUUACAUGCCCCCUGACCCCCCAAAUAUAUGUGUCUACUUGCUGUGUACAGCGCUAGAAAACGGUUUCCCCUCAGCCAUUUUCGUAGCUGGGCUUAUAUGCAAGCCAGAACUCCUGUUGGGCUGCUUUUCAGAUUAUUAAUACUAGCUUAAAGACCCAUCAGGUUUGACAAAGUGGGGAGGGUCCCUGACUUCUCACCACAUGCCACUUCGCCCCCUCCAUCACACAGGCAGAGAAAUCGUUUCUCCCAUCGAAGCCAGCGUUGACUCCGUGUUGCGCUUCGUCUGUCGGUCACAUCACACCGUGACGGAAAAUAGGGAAUUGGUGGAUAUAGUGUAAUUUAGCCUAGUGUGUGCGUGUGUACAUAUAUGAAUAAAUGCUAAGUUGUGUUUAAAA